AUGCUUAGAACACUCCGUUUCCGAAUCCCAACCGCUGGGCCUUUUAUUAAAUCCCAUAGGUUCGCAUCUACUUUGACAUUUAUCGAAACUUCGAAAGAUGGUAGUGUCGUUUCAUCAUCUUUGAAUGCUUUAACAGCUGCUCAACAAUUGGGUAACCCAAUUCAUGCUGUGAUUCUUGGUUCUCAAGCUUCUGCAGCCGCAAAUGCAUUGAAAUCUUCAGUAAAAUGUGAAAAAUUGGCGAAAAUCCUGGUUUCAAAUAAUGUGGGUUUCGACCACUAUCUACCUGAAAAAGUCGCACCAGUAUUAGCUCGUCUUUUACAAAAUGAAGAAUACUCCCACUUCGUUGCUGCUUCUUCUACUGUUGGUAAAAGCAAUCUACCUCGUCUAGGUGCCCUAUUGGAUCUGCAACCAAUCAGUGAUAUUACCAAGAUUGUAGAUGCUAAGACCUUUGUGAGACCAAUUUACGCAGGUAAUGCGAUUGCUACAGUGGAAUGUUCUCAACCUAAGAAAUUGAUCAGUGUAAGAGCUUCUGCCUUUGAACCAAUUGCACAGGGCUCCACAGAUUCUGCACUAAUAGAGGAGGUACAAGGGUUGGAACCUGAAUCUUCUAUUGAUAUCAAAUGGGAAGGUGAGACUUUAGUCAAGAGCGAAAGACCAGAUUUGGGUUCUGCGUCUAUAGUGGUAGCGGGUGGUCGUGCUCUAAAGGACAAAGAAACCUUCGACAAAAUUCUAGUUCCAUUGGCAGACGCCUUACAUGCCGGUAUUGGUGCCACCAGGGCCGCCGUGGAUAAUGGAUUCUGUGAUAACUCUUUACAAGUGGGCCAAACUGGUAAAGUUGUUGCUCCUGAUCUAUACAUUGCAGUUGGUGUUUCUGGUGCCAUUCAGCAUUUAGCGGGUAUGAAAGAUUCUAAAGUAAUUGUAGCAAUCAACAAUGAUCCUGAGGCACCCAUCUUCAAAGUUGCAGACUACGGUCUAGAAGGUGACGUUUAUGAGAUUGUCCCUGAAUUGACCCAGAAGUUGAAAGAAGUGCAAAACUGA